UGAGAAGCUGAUCCCCUUCACUUUCUCCGUCCAGAGCGCUCCAGAGUCAGUAAUAACCCGCCGCUAAGAGGUUUACCUGCGCCGCUUCUGUGAGCUCUGUGUCGGUGGAUUGUACGACUGAACUACACUGAUUUUAUUUCCCAGGACUGACGGAGCCACGCUUCAUAUUACAGAUCUCCAGUGUUUUGAUGUCACAUUCCUGAAGUGUGUGAAGAAUUCAGAGGACUAACCCGACAGCCGACAGAGAUCGUCUUCUUCAUCCCUUCAUCCCCCUUGGCUGAAGAGGGAUAAACAGGAGAGUGUGUAUGUUUUGAAGAGAGGAGGGCCCAGUGUCCGCCUAGAUAUGGCUUUUCUGUGUAUGAGAAAAAGACAGAGGGUGCUGAUCUGAGGUCAAGGCCUUCCUCCUCUCCCCCCCUUCACCCCCCCCACCCCACCCCGAGUCACAUGUCAGUGUGAGGCACAACCCCCAGAGUUGCUGUUGCUACACUGACCGACCUAAAUACUUGUAUACUCACACGGAGAAGCGACACAGACUGGAUCCCUUAGCUGGAAGUGGAGAGAGCCAGGGGAACUUCUUACCCAGGGAGUUUGCUUUGUGAGCUGCUGUGUUUGCUUUUAGUCACAUUUCUCCCGCUGGUUUGACUCACCCUGAGAAACUGACUGCUACUCAAACCCACAGAGGUGCCUGUCCUGGCCAGACCCGAGGAGCCUGACCUCUCCUCUCAGAUACAGAGAAGCACACAGAGUUUUUCUCAGGAGCAAAAUGCCGGCAAAGACGCCAAUAUACUUAAAAACUACAACUCCCAAGAAGGGAAAGAAGCUGAAGCUACGUGACGUCCUCUCAGGUGACAUGAUCAGCCCCCCGCUGGGCGACGUACGUCACAGUGCCCAUGUGGGUCCCGAAGGGGAGGGCGACAUGUUUGGAGACGUGGGUUUCCUCCAGGGUAAGAUGGACAUGCUGCCGUCCCUGAGCCGGACACAAAACGGUCACGCACGCUCGCAAAGCGUGGAGAGACGCCUGGACGAGGGCUUCACUGCCAAACAGGACUCACACAACUACGCCUACAACGGUUACCACUAUCAGCACUCCUCCGCCGGCCUGCUGAAGACCACCAUCUCCAUGCCUGUGUUCAUCGCCCACGAACAGGCUCCACCCAAACCCCCACGCCUCCACCUGGACGACCCCUCCCCUCCCUCUCUGCCCUCUCAGCAAAACUACUUCCACCACCAGCAGCAGCAGCAGCAGCAGCAGCCGCCCACAGAGACAAGCCACAAACAGUCCAACGGCCACAGUCACACAGACAACCACAGCCAGCAGCACCCGACUCUGUCGCUCUUUGAGAACGGCGUGGUGGGCCGCUUGGCGUCAGAGCCCUGCCGUGACAUCUCCCUCUCCCCCGCCAUCCGCAGGCUCGUCCCCUCCUCCGGCUCCUUCUCAGAGGUCUCCUCUGAGGACUCCAUGUCAGAAACCUGCGGGCCCCUGGACGUUCGCCGGGGCCUCAGUCUGGACUCUGACGCUGGUCUGAGCAACGAGGACCUGAGGAGUGAACGCAGCGAGUCUCCCUGUGCGGCCUUUCACCCGGCCGGUCUCACAGCCUCAUCCAGUGUGUCACGGUCAGAGUCUAUGGCGGGGUUAGACCUAGAUCUGGGUCCGUCCAUCCUGGAGGAUGUCCUGAAUAUCAUGGACCGCUACAAGACUGUAGACAACCGCUGUGAGCUGUGAAUGGAAAGAUUAAUGUGAUGUACAGAUAUUUUUAUACAUGGUUUAAUAUAUCCUUAAAACUUUGAAGAGACUUUGAGGAGGACAAGGGAUGGAGGGUUGGAAAAUGUAGGUGGAGAAAUGUCUUCUUGGAGAAGAAUGACAGCUGAGUUUAAAGGUAAUGAAAGACUUACUGAGCUGAGAGGCAUGUGGACAUUAUUGUUAAGUGCUGGGACGUCGCUGCCUGAGAUGACAACAGCCGAGGCAACAGGCUGGUCCUUAGGAGCCUUUCUCAAAGCUGAACCUCAGACUCAUAAACAUUCAGUCCGUGAGAUGACAAUGAGCAGAUCUGCAGUCAUGUCGUUAUCAUGAAGCUUGGCAACACACCCCCCUUCUCCGGACAAAAUAUCAGCCACUAUCCAUAAUAUAUUGUCUGUUCAUGUUUCUGCUUGUUAAUGGCCAACUGACUCAGAUAUAAAUGUCUCAACUGACCUGGGAAAAUGGGAGAAAUCCUCAGCUGUGAACAAUAGUCAGUAGCAGCAGGACUCACUUAACCAUGGUGGAAACCAUAGCUACUAAUAGGUCCUUUUUUUUUUUACAAUUUAGGAAGUGCAUUUCUGCAGUAGAGAUCAGAUUACACACACUCAGUCAUAAAUAUUUCCAUGCUGUAGCUCACCCUCUGUCCUAACUCAUUUGGCUGCGUAAAAUAUCAUUUUCAGGACUGAAUAUUAAUAUCUUCACUCUUUUACUGUAAUGCUUCAAUGCCAGAUUAAAUGUGAAGAACUGCUCAUUUUACUGUGCUUCUGUAACAGAUGAAGAUAUAAGCUUAACGGUCUCUACCUGUCCUCUAGUGUUACUUUUGAGAACAGCAGCUCCGACUUCUCAGUGGCAGAUUUCUUUCUUUUGAUAAGAGGGAAACGGAGGAAGUUUAUUCUUGUAGUUUAACCAAUAAAAUGCAAAAUGCUUUUAAAGUGUAAGGAAAUGCUGCUUUGUAAAUCCUUUUCAGAUAUUGGUCUUUUUAAAACACUCAUCUUCCAUGUUGUGGCUCACUGUCAGCCUCCCUAAUAUUCCCUGUCUGCAUUAUCACAGUAGCCUAUUAUUCCAAUUUCUUUUAUGCUGUAUAUAUCACUGUACAUGUAUGAAUAAAAGGUUCCUAUAAAAAAAAAAAUGCUUUGGAUUCAUGGACAAAUCUUCACACACAAACAUAAACACAAACAUAAACAUGGGAGCUGCAAAUUGAGAUUUCAAAACAAACGAUCUGUGUUUGUAUAUUCAUCUACAUCAAGAUCCAGACACCAAACAGUAUUUCUAUGCUGGAAUCAUGUGAGUAAACACAAGUUUGCACCAUGUAAGCAUAGCAGCGACUGAAAUAUUAAAUCUAUUAAAACUAGAUUUUGACAAGAGAUUCCUGUAUAAGAGAGCCUCCUGCUUGUGAACCUGUUCUGAAUAUCUUUACCAGAAGCAUUCAUGUGUCUUUAUAGCUGCUUUAACAGCUCUCAGUGGUUUACAUUUACAUUUGUUGAUUUGGCAAAUGCUUUUGUCCAGAGGUCAUAGCGUGUAACUACACCUUUGUUUCUCUUGCAAGUUUUUUUGCAAGAAUUCAGUGCUCUACAUGUACGCCUUAAGGCUUGAUAGAGGUGAUGCCUGAUGGUUUUAAAUUUUAAAUGUUUUAAUUAGAGGCACAAUUUCUGUGACGUUGUAUCACAGGAGUAUCUGCUUUGUUGCUUGUGGCGUGUAGUUUUAGUUACUCACUGUGACCACUGGAGCGCAGUAAACACUAAUGAUUAUCAAUAUGGUCUGCAUUACAUAGAGAAGGCAGAGACUGUAUAGAGGAUCUUUGGUGAAAGGCUUCAUGUUGUCCACUACAGUGUUCGUCAGUACAGUAUGAAUAUCCACAGAAGAAUACCGUAUUCUAAAUGUGCCCACUAUAAAACAUUUAACAUGUUCCUUUCAUAAUGAGUACAUUUGUUUCUAAUCAGUUUUGUUCAGGAAAGUUUCCUCCAUAUCACAAUCUUAUAUAAUCUCCUUUUUAACUGCUUUAGUUUUGUUCACCAGAAGCUGUAGUAUACUGUAAUGUCUGCAUUAACACAGUCUUUACUAAUUCAAUGAGUUGAAGUUCUAUGUUUUGACCACCUAGAGGGCCACAUUACACGAGUACAAACUAGUGAUAAAAAUGAAAGCUGUUCGAAAAUGAGUAUGAAACUAGCAUUAAAUUACCAUAUCAGUUUAAAAUACAGAUACAGUGCAGUAACCCCCCUCAUACAGUAAGUUCACACCAAUAUGUUAGCAAGGCUACCAAAAAGUAGCCUACUGCAGGGGUGGAUCUACAGGGGGGGGGGUCAGCUGUGAAAUCACUCGCCCGUGAUUUAUAGGAGCAUUUUUGCCCUUUGAUUAGUUUUGAUUUUAGUAAAGACAAGAAGAGUUUGAUACAAAAUAAUAAAAACUGGCAUGUUUGAAUCCAUAACGUUUAACAGAGGGUCGCCGUUUCAGGGGCGUUAACUUACAACUGACAGUGACCAUACUAGGAGAGCAAAUUAAACCAGGUUACAUCCUUCACUGUCAAACUGGGAAAAUAACAAGUACAAUGGGACUAUAGUCUAAACAUAACUGCUUGUGUGUGUGUGAUAAAUCUAUUCUGAUUUUAUAUUUGUUAUACUUAUUAGCCAACAAACAUACAAGGAUUUUAACCAGAGCUUUUCACAUCUUGACCCUUGCAGGCCAGAGCAGCUGGAGUGAUUAAAAAUGAAAAGGAAAUGUAAAAGUGGGGAUAUUGCCAGUUUUUUUGGCAAGAAAAUGCUGAGGACUGAACAGGUGGAAGAGAAGGAGAGGAACGAAAAAAGGAGGAGAAGACAGUACGCUGGAUAGAGCAGGAGGGUCAGAGCAGGAGGAGGAGGAGGCCUCAGAACGAGGAGAUUAAGAAAUAAGUGAAGGAGAAGAGGAAAAAGAAGAAAUGAAUGUGAUGGAUGAAGAUGAGGAUUCAGAUUCAGAAAAAGGGACAGAGGCAGGGAGUGAUGAGGAGGCAGAUGAUGAUGACAGGGAGACAGAGGGUCCUCCUACUGCAGUUCCAGAUGGACCACAUGGUAUAUUGUUGUUUUAUCUAGUGUGUUGCCCUUUUAUCUAGUUUUUGUCUUGUGUCAGUGUGCAUUGUUAAUCUUGUGCCUGCUGCUAUUAUGAGAGUGCCAAACUGAAUUUUGUUGUAGAAACUAGAAUCCCUUGGUUAGUGUGUUGAUACAGGGCAUGAUAUAUCAAUAAAUUAUUUAAAGUG